UAGGACCCAGCAGGACGCGAGGCGGCUCUUCGGUCCGGAUCACAAAUUCGUCGUGACUCAGUCCCUGCUCGGCGCGGAGGCAGCGGGAACAGACAGCCAAGAUGGAGUACGAGUGGAAGCCCGACGAGCAGGGACUCCAGCAGAUCUUGCAGCUUCUCAAGGAGUCCCAGUCCCCGGACACCACGACGCAGAGAGCCGUGCAACAAAAACUAGAACAACUCAAUCAGUAUCCAGAUUUCAACAACUACCUGAUUUUCGUUCUUACAAAGUUGAAGUCUGAAGAUGAGCCAACACGUUCCUUGAGUGGUCUUAUCCUGAAGAAUAAUGUAAAAGCACAUUUUCACAACUUUCCGAAUGGGGUAACUGACUUCAUUAAAAGUGAAUGUCUGAACAACAUUGGUGAUUCCUCCCCCUUAAUUAGAGCUACUGUAGGCAUUCUGAUAACAACCAUUGCCUCAAAAGGGGAGUUACAGAAUUGGCCUGAACUCUUGCCAAAGCUUUGCAGCCUGCUGGAUUCUGAAGAUUACAAUACCUGUGAGGGUGCUUUUGGCGCUCUUCAAAAGAUAUGUGAAGAUUCUGCUGAAAUUUUAGAUAGUGAUGUGUUGGACCGGCCACUCAAUAUCAUGAUACCGAAGUUCUUGCAGUUCUUCAAGCAUAGCAGUCCAAAAAUACGGUCUCAUGCAGUGGCAUGUGUCAAUCAAUUUAUCAUCAGCAGAACUCAAGCUCUUAUGUUGCACAUAGAUUCUUUUAUUGAGAAUCUUUUUGCACUGGCUGGCGAUGAGGAGCCUGAAGUACGCAAAAAUGUUUGCCGUGCUCUGGUAAUGUUGCUGGAAGUUCGGAUGGAUCGCCUUCUUCCUCAUAUGAUUAGUAUAGUUGAGUACAUGCUUCAAAGGACCCAGGACCAAGAUGAAAAUGUGGCUUUGGAGGCAUGUGAAUUUUGGCUGACUUUGGCUGAACAGCCAAUUUGUAAAGAGGUAUUAUGUCGGCAUCUUACUAAGCUGAUACCUGUGCUGGUAAACGGUAUGAAAUACUCAGAGAUUGAUAUUAUUCUGUUGAAGGGGGAUGUUGAAGAAGACGAAGCUAUACCAGAUAGUGAGCAGGAUAUAAGGCCUCGUUUUCAUCGUUCGAAGACUGUAGCUCAGCAACAUGAAGAAGAUGGUAUUGAAGAUGAUGACGAUGAUGAUGAUGAACUUGAUGAUGAUGAUACUAUUUCUGACUGGAAUUUAAGGAAAUGUUCAGCUGCUGCUCUAGAUGUCCUAGCUAAUGUAUUUCGUGAUGAACUUCUGCCACACAUCUUGCCACUGUUGAAGGAAUUGCUCUUCCACCCUGAGUGGGUAGUUAAAGAAUCUGGUAUCCUUGUUCUUGGUGCAAUUGCUGAAGGCUGCAUGCAGGGUAUGAUUCCAUAUCUUCCAGAGCUAAUCCCUCACCUUAUUCAGUGCCUCUCUGACAAAAAGGCUCUUGUGCGCUCCAUUACAUGCUGGACUCUUAGUCGCUAUGCACACUGGGUAGUUAGUCAACCCCCAGACACAUACUUGAAGCCAUUAAUGACUGAGUUGCUAAAGCGUAUCUUGGAUAGCAACAAGAGAGUACAAGAAGCUGCCUGCAGUGCCUUUGCUACUCUAGAAGAGGAGGCUUGUACAGAGCUUGUUCCUUAUCUUGCAUAUAUACUUGACACUUUGGUCUUCGCAUUUAGUAAAUACCAGCAUAAAAACCUGCUCAUUCUUUAUGAUGCUAUAGGAACCCUAGCAGAUUCUGUAGGACAUCAUCUAAAUAAACCAGAAUAUAUUCAGAUGCUAAUGCCUCCAUUAAUCCAGAAGUGGAACAUGCUGAAGGAUGAAGAUAAAGAUCUUUUCCCUUUAUUAGAGUGCCUGUCGUCAGUUGCUACUGCCUUGCAAUCUGGCUUUCUUCCAUACUGUGAACCUGUGUACCAGCGUUGUGUAAAUCUGGUGCAGAAGACGCUUGCACAAGCCAUGUUGCAUAAUGCUCAGCCAGACCAAUAUGAGGCUCCAGAUAAAGAUUUUAUGAUUGUGGCUCUUGAUUUACUCAGUGGUUUAGCUGAAGGACUUGGAGGCAACAUUGAACAGCUAGUGGCUCGCAGCAAUAUCCUGACACUAAUGUAUCAAUGCAUGCAGGACAAAAUGCCUGAGGUACGGCAGAGUUCUUUUGCAUUGUUAGGUGACCUGACAAAGGCAUGUUUUCAGCAUGUCAAACCUUGCAUCGCUGAUUUCAUGCCAAUUUUGGGAACCAACCUAAAUCCUGAAUUCAUUUCUGUGUGUAACAAUGCCACCUGGGCAAUUGGAGAAAUCUCUAUCCAGAUGGGUAUAGAAAUGCAGCCUUAUAUUCCAAUGGUCUUGCACCAGCUUGUAGAAAUAAUAAACAGACCCAACACACCAAAGACGUUGUUAGAGAACACAGCAAUAACAAUUGGUCGUCUUGGUUACGUUUGUCCUCAAGAGGUGGCCCCCAUGCUACAGCAGUUUAUAAGACCCUGGUGUACCUCUCUGCGAAACAUAAGAGACAAUGAGGAAAAGGAUUCAGCAUUCCGUGGGAUAUGUACCAUGAUUACAGUCAACCCCAGUGGAGUAGUCCAAGACUUUAUUUUUUUUUGUGAUGCUGUUGCAUCGUGGAUUAGCCCAAAAGAUGAUCUUCGAGACAUGUUCUGUAAGAUUCUUCAUGGAUUUAAAAAUCAAGUUGGGGAUGAGAAUUGGAGGCGUUUCUCUGACCAGUUUCCUCUUCCCUUAAAAGAGCGCCUUGCAGCUUACUAUGGAGUUUAACCUCAUGCACUGUAGCUGCAGUCCCAUAAUUAGAGGUCCUUCAGUCUGGGAGACUAUGAGGGAGCCUCUGCACCCAGGGAAAAUGUUACCCUUUACUGGGGGGAAGGGUAAACCAGUAGGGAAUACAGUACAAUCCCAACCCUACUGGGAGGGGCGGGAGGGAGGUGUUGCCGUCACUGUAUUAAGUCGAUGUUGGGAAAUGUUUUAACAUCUGGAGCCUUUGUGGGUGGAAAUCUGUCUCCUAUUACACCUCUGCACUGGAUGUGAAGAAGAAAAAAAAAAAGAAUCUAGUCACAAAACAGCACAUUCUGGAAUAUUGUGGGGAUUUGUACCAAAAUAAGAAACCAUAUAAUUGAACUAUAGGGAUACGUAAAGAGGAAAAAUAUUUUGCGCACAAUAAAGGAAACCUAAGAAUGGGGGUCACAAACAGUAAAAGGCUUUCUUUUUUGUUUUCUGUUUUUUUUAAGUAAGGGUUUUCUACAUUAUUUCAUCCUGCUUGAUGGGAUUCCUAGGUAUUUGCAUGUUAAUGAAGAACUACACAAACAAAGUUAGUACAGUUAAAAUGCAGCUUGUGUCUGUAUUAGGAACAGGCACUUGUGGUGUACAGUAUAGAAACCCCAUCGUAAAAUAAUAAAGGUUAACUUGGACAAAAUGAAGCAACCUGCAAGCUGCCAAACAAGUCACUCCUUUCAUUUUUGGGGUAAGGAGAGGGACACUGCAAAGGAAAGAUUGACAUCUUAAUUUUUGCAUUAAGAAAAACAACCAAGGUAGUGGAUAUGAUUUUAUUAUUGUACUUUGUUAGUUUUGAUUUCUAGAGUAAGGAAUUAUUCUUAACUUGCAGUUUAAGGUUCAGGCAUGCGUUCUGGCUCAUAGUGAUCAGAAGUAAUUUUAAUUAGUGGGAAAGUAGCAUGCUUGCAUCAAAUAGAGUGAAAUUGGUAUACAUUUACCUAUGUUGCGCCAGUUUUGUGUUGCAGUUUACCAAUUCAAUAUAGCCCUGCAUUUAAAAUUCGUUUUUAAGAUUCAGUGGAAUUUAUUUUUAUUAAGAAUAUAGAUAUAAAGUACUGUAGUUAACAAUUAGGCCUUGAAAUACCUUUUUAGGAUCUGUUAAGAAUAAGAUUGAUAUUGUAUUGUGUGUAACCUGCACAAUGUGGAAAGCUGAUAUAGCUGUGCAAAAUAUUUGCCUCUGUGCUGUCAGUGUGAUGUGCUUUCUGCAUGGUUAUAUACUAGUGAUUUUAUCAGAAUCUCUAAAAUGAGUUACAUGGUAAGACCCGUUAAAGGCUGCAUAAAUGUUAGUUGGCACGUAAAGACAAUUGUAGAAGUUGAUGACAAGAUUGCUAUAUUUGUGUUUAUUCCCACUCAACGUAUUACCUUCUAUGCUUUCUUUUUGUUCAAAGCAUGAUCUUAAAGAGAUGUUUUAAGUUAAUGGAUGUAAUGCAGGGUAUCUACACUGUAUCGGCGCAUGUUGGUGGCCCUUUGUGAUGUAAUUAUAUGCACAAGGGUGCAAGUUUAAAGCUACAGAGUGAAAGUUGGUUUGGAUCCUCUUCAUUUCAUUUGUUUAGCUUUUCUGUUGUGGUUUUUUUUCUCUACUUACAUGUAUUCCUGUGAAUAAAUCCUUGUUAAGUUAACUCUUUA